ACCAACUAGUGGAAUAUGCUCAUAAGCUCGUGUUUUUUAAAUGCGCACACUGCAUCAAUCACGAACCCUUUCACGCAUUCCCGGGUCGGUUCUAAUAAUCACAAAAGGGGAAUUCAUGGGUGGUCUCGAAACUUUCUCCCAAGAGUUGCAGCCUGCAGGGGGGGACGACAUCAUCUUUCUCAGCUAGCUGGGUCGCUAACUGUAUACAUACAUGCAGACGACGGUACGACAUCAAUCACGAACACCUGCCUCCACAUCGCGGCUCUCUGCGGCCACCAGAACUUCUGCAGCGAGGUCCUGGCGCAGGAGUCGCGUCUCCAUCGUCCCGGCCCGUCGUCUCUGCUCUCCACCACCAACGACGACGGCGAGACGCCGCUGCUCGUCGCCGUGAAGAGCGGCCGUGUCUCUCUGGCCCUUCAUCUGCUCGACCAGCACUACUCGAGGCAUAAUCUGCUGGUGGAGCAUCUUCUUAAGCAAGACACUGGCAAAUGCAACGUUCUGCACCACGCGAUCCGCAACGGCUACGUGGACCUGGCGCUGGAACUGAUCCACCGGCAGCCGGCGCUCUCGGAGUCCUGCAACGCGCGCGACGAGUCACCCAUGUUCAUCGCGGUUCUCAAAGGUUUCAGGAGCAUCUACAUGGAGCUGCUGCGCAACGAGAGGUCGGAAUACGGCGGGGCCAGGGGAUACAACGCUCUGCACGCUGCUGUCAAGUAUGGAAACCAAGAUUUCGUUGAACAGCUUGUGGAGCAGCAUCCCGAGAAGGCCAAAGAGCUGGCGAGACAAGCGGACACUCAGCACGACACUCCAGUGCAGCUCGCCGCGCAUUUCAACAGGGAUACGAUUCUAACGCUGAUGCUGAGAGGUGAUCGGUCCUUGGGGUAUCGGGUGCACACGGAACACUCCACGCCUCUUCUCUACAUCGCCGCAAACCGAGGCCACGUAGCUUUUGCUCGAGCGCUUCUGGAGCACUGUCCAGAUGCGCCCUACAAGAACGACCGGAGCAGGACAUGUCUCCACGAAGCUGUAGAACAGGACCGGACGGAGUUCGUCAGGUUCAUCCUCGACGACAACUCCAAGCUUCGGAAACUCGUCAACAUGGUAGAUGACGUCGGUGACACUGCUCUGCAUCUCGCGGUUCAGAAGAGCAAUCCGAGGAUGGUCCGUGCUUUGCUGCGUCACCCUGACAUCGACCUCACUGUCAUCAACAACAGGGUUAACACGGCGAUCUGGAACAUGUACAAUGAUGGGGACGAAGUCAAGACUAUAAACUGGAACAAAAUCUACUUGCUCAUACGGAACGCAGAUCGUAGAGCUAAAAAUGACAUCUACAAUUUCCGAGAGGAGAUCAGGAACAAAGUCAACUAUGCAACAAGAAAAGAUGCCAAGUCUCUGAUUCAAACAUAUACGACCAACACGUCCUUAGUGGCUAUCCUCUUAGCGACAAUUACCUUCGCUGCAGCUUUCACAUUGCCAGGAGGGUACAGCAGUGAUGCUGGAAGCGAGGGGCUCCCCAUCAUGGCUAGGAAGGUCGCCUUCCAAGCGUUCUUGAUCUUCGACACGUCGGCGAUGUGCGCCUCCCUCGCCGUCGCCUUCAUAUGCGUCAUAGUGAGGUGGAUGGACUUUGAGUUCUUGCUGCACUACAGGUCCGUCACGACGAAGUUCAUGUGGUUCGCAUACAUGGCAACCACCCUAGCGUUUGCGACUGGUUUGUACACAGUCCUGGAAGAUCGUCUUCCUUGGCUGGCCAUUGCGAUCUGCGUCCUGUCUGUGUUGCUGCCCAUCCUUACGAUGAUGGUCGGUGGAUGGCCCAUAUUGAAGCUCAGAAUUCAAUACGGUAAUUCUGAUUUCCUUGACAUGGUCUAGACCUCAGGGACAUCUAUAGCCGCUCAUCUGUAUUCGAGAUAUAUUGUUUUACACUGUCAUGUAACAGAAAUGCAUUGACACAGAUUCUAUAUUACCCUUGACAUUUCACUAUAGUCGUUCAUCUUUAUUCGAUGUAUUGUUUUAUCCUGGUAUGUAACAAAAAAUCAUUGACAAAUUCUAUGUUACCCUUGACAUUUCA